AUGACUCGUGGUUGUGGCACGUGCUGGUCUACUGCGUUAGCAGAUCUGGCAAAUGAGAUCAAACCAUCUAUAUCGUCGCUGGUGAUCUACACGCAGCGAUACUCAUUCGCUGGUACACUGAGUGACAAGUGGAUGCUACCAGCCACGCCACAUCCGGUGGAACAACACGCCUCUGAAGACGGCGAAAAAGCCGAAACGUCAGGCAAAUCAACGGUUCCAUCUAGAAACCUCGCAGGUACACUAUCACAAAACAUAGACAGAAUAUGCCGAGGUUUCAAGACAAGAGAACAUUCGAACUACUAG